CUGUGCCCUGUACGUACAUCUCGUGGAUGCGCGCCUGUACGUACACGUCUCAGCUCCGACGUCGUGACGUUAUAUCCCGAGUGUCCUUGUGCACUAGAGGAAAAUGGGGUAUUGGGACAUUCCGGACGGAACCGACUGUGUCCAGAAGGCAUGGCUGACCACCAAGCUCUCUGUAGCGCUGGGCUUAGUGGGCUCUGCUUAUCACAUAGUUGCAUUUCAACCUAAGACUGUAUUGGAGGGUGUUCAGAGAGCUGGAGGAGCAACAUUAACCAUGGCGUCACUUGGUGCAAUCUUUGGAAUCACUACCUGUGUCACAGCUCAGAUACGGGAGAAACCAGAUGACUUGGUCAAUUAUUUUGUCGGCGGUUGUGUUUCUGGCGCGUUUCUUGGAAUCAGGACUCACAGUUAUAUGACUGGAACCACAGCAUGUGUAGCACUGGGUGUCUUGGGAGCUCUAGCAAAGAGCUCGAAAAGAGACGGAUGGGAAUUUAUUACAUCUGAACCAAAACUCUGAAGUGCUCUACCUAUUUUUCCUGUGAUAUUAUUGUUGUUAAUAAUAAAUCUGUAUGUAAAUUA